AUGUCCAGACCUAUAAUUCGAAGACAGAGCUCUUCGUUUAUUAUCGGCUUUCAACAGCUGAAGGACCAAAUGGAAAUAAAAGACCAUGAGAAGAGAGUCCUCAAAGAGCCUGAAACAAAAGACGACACUAAAAAGCCUACUGAGAAAGGAAAAGACAAACAAAAUGAUGCACUGAAAGACUCUGAAGGAUUCAGGGACAUGACCGAGCACAAAAUUCCUCUGGAGGAUCUCGUAAGGAACCUUGAGACAAGUCUAGAAAAGGGUCUCCAAGAUGAUAUUGGCAGGGAAAAGCUUAAGCAGUAUGGUGAAAACAAAUUGACCGAAAAAAAAUCUAUGCCUUGAUACUGUUUGUUUUUCAAAGAACUGACUGGCUUUUUUUCUAUGCUACUCUGGAUAGGGUCACUUUUAUGCUUUAUCGCCUAUGGCCUGAGUCCAUCUGAUCCAUCCAAUAUGUACCUAGGCAUUGUACUUGCAGUUGUCGUCUUCUUGACUGGGUGCUUCAGCUUUUAUCAAGAAUCCCAAUCACUUGCUAUUAUGGCAGGGUUUAAAGAUAUGAUACCACCUACGUGCACAGUGAUUCGAGCAGGUGCACCAAAAGUUUUUGAGUCAAGCAAACUCGUGCCUGGAGAUAUUGUUAUCUUAAAACAAGGUUCAAGAAUCCCAGCAGACGUUAGAAUCAUCGAAGCUAAUAACCUCAAAGUUGAUAACUCUUCACUUACGGGCGAAAGUGAGCCUCAGACAAGAACACCAAACUGCACAAAUGAGCACAAUCCACUUGAGACUGAAAAUUUAGCAUUUUUUGGGACAAUGUGUAGCUCAGGGGAUGGUAAAGGUUAAAGAUUAAAAUAUUACACAACAAUUAGCGGAAACCUCUUGCGGCCUCUCAUGACUCCAGGAAAGAUGGCAUACACUGGGUCAUUAUACACUAGAGUGCAAAUGGUGAACGGUCCAGCCAAAGUUCGGCCUUUUAAAAUCACUGAUGAAACUCACCAAGCUAAGAAUUAGUUCAAUAGCUUGAGCCAGUCUCUGUUGGCUGCACUAUAUGAGAUGUAAAACCUGCCUAGCCCAUCUUGCAAGGACAGGAAAACCUCCAAGGAGAAAAAACUUCCUUCCUGCUAUCCCCAAGUCUGAAGGCCUAUAUCAAAAAAUGGCAGAGGCCUGUUUUCAGUUUCAUAGGGAAGGGUUCUUCCUGCUCCAUAAGAAGUGCGCCUUGGAGUCCUUAUUCCAUCAAUGCCACCAUUUAUAUCGGCUGAUAAAGGUAUGGUUGUAUUCACUGGUGAUAACACUAUUAUGGGUAAAAUUGCCAAUUUAACCUCAUCAACUCAAGAAGAAGAAACCACUUUGGGCAUUGAAAUUGCAAGAUUCGUAAAAAUGAUCAGCACAAUUGCAAUCUGUUUAGGAAUCAUUUUCUUUGUUCUAGGGUUCAUCUAUGGCUACUCAGCAAUUGUAAACAUGGUUAAUGCUAUUGGGAUUAUUGUAGCGAACGUUCCUGAAGGACUUCUUGCAACUGUCACAGUCGCUCUAACGCUGACUGCAAAAAGAAUGGCUGCGAAGAAUGUCCUACUUCAAAUUCGUCAACUUUUAUCAAAAUAAAUUAUUUUAAUAUAAUUUUCUUAUUUAUUUCGAUCUUAUAUGCAGGGAGUUAGUGAAAAAUUUAGAGGCAGUUGAAACACUCGGGUCUACCAGCUGCAUCUGCUCAGAUAAAACAGGAACUCUAACAGAAAACAAGAUGAAAGUUGUGAAUAUUUGGUAUGACGGAACUAUCAGAAGUGUUAUAAACUAUGAAGAAAAAGAUACCGUUAAAGAUUUGGGAUACGAAAUAACUGAUCCUACAUUCCAAAUGCUUCAAAGAUGCGCAUCUCUGAAUAGCAAAGCUGAGUUUUCAUUUGAGCCAGAUGAAAAAAUGCUUGAAGAUUCUCAUGGAAACGCUUUACCUAAAGCAAAAGCUGAUGAAAUUAGAGAAAAAUAUAAAAAAGAUCAACUUGCUGGCUCAGUGCAAACCUGGAAAACUGUUGGAGGGGAUGCCUCAGAAGUUGCACUGAUAAAAUUUUUCCACCCAAUAUUUGAAAUAGACAAAUUCAGAAAAAUGUACCCAGUCCUGGUAAGACAAGGCGUUAAAGGAGAAAUCCCAUUUAACUCAGCAAAUAAAUAUGCUAUCACAAUUCAUGAACCGUGUGAUUGGUUUCCUCCUGAGCGCAAAAACGAUUGCAUUUUAUUCAUGAAAGGAGCUCCAGAGCAGCUAUGGGAGAGAUGCUCUAAGAUGAUGAAAAAUGGAAAGGAAGUUCCUAAAGAUGAUGAAUGAAAGCAGAACUUCGCAAAGGCGAAUAAGACUUUUGGAAGCCAAGGCCAAAGAGUUUUGGGAUUUGCUUACAUAUGGCUUGAAGAGUCCAAAUACUCAUCGGAUUAUGUUUUUAACCCUAAUUUGGAAGAAGGACCAAACUUCCCUCUUAAAGGUUUAACAUUUAUCGGUCUAACAGCCCUCAUGGACCCUCCUAAAAGGCAUGUAAAAGAAGCUGUAAUUUCUUGCCAUGAAGCUGGUAUCAAAGUUAUUAUGGUCACGGGAGAUCAGCCAUUAACUGCCGCUGCGAUUGCAAGACAAGUGCAUAUUAUUACUGAGCCAAAAACUGUCAAUGAGCUAGUAGAAGAAGGGUUGGAUUGGGAUAGCGCUUUCGAAAAAAGUGACGCAAUUGUUAUCCAUGGUGAUAUGCUCACCAAAGCAAAUGCAGAAGAUGAAGACUUGCCAUUUAAUGAACAAAGAAUUGCUAAGUGACUUACAAAGCAUCAAAUUGUUUUCGCACGUACAUCUCCUGCUCAAAAAUACAUGAUUGUAGAUGCAAAUCAAAAACUCGGUCAAAUCGUAGCUGUGACUGGAGAUGGCGUGAAUGACAGUCCUGCCAUUAAAAAAGCUGACAUUGGCAUUGCAAUGAAUAUUUCAGGUAGUGAUGUCGCUAAAGAUGCUGCUGAUAUGCUUCUAAUUGAUGACAAUUUUGCUUCUAUUGUGGAUGGAGUUAAAGAAGGAAGAGUCAUUUUUGAUAACCUCAAGAAGACAAUUGCUUAUAUUUUGACAUCAAAUGUUCCAGAACUAGUUCCUUUCUUAGCUCUUAUUAUUUUCCAGAUUCCUCUUGCCUUAUCAACAGUUCUUAUUCUUUGUAUUGAUUUAGGAACCGAUAUCAUGCCUUCAGUUGCGAUGGCAUAUGAGUCAGCUGAGCUUGAUAUUAUGAAAAGAAAUCCUAGAAAUGCCAAAAAGGAUUAUCUUGUUACAGGCCAAUUAUUGUUUUAUUCAUAUUGCACUAUGGGUGAGCUUCAAACAUGUGCUGGAUAUAUGGCAUAUUUCACCGUUUUGCACGACUAUGGAUUUUCUCCUUCUGUUCUGUGGUUCAUAGCUUUAAGAGAUGAUGGCUCAAAACCAUCUACCCAUGAUGUUUAUGAUCCAUACCUUCCUCAUAAAGGAAAUAGCCACGUUGGUGACGAUUCGUACGAUGGAGAGCUGGUUGACUAUAUUUCUGACUCUGAUAGCAAAUACGACUUAAGAAUAUGGUUCUACAAGAUAGAUAAAGAUGAUUGGGACGAUUGCAGAUACCCCGAUAUGAAAUCAGAUAUUUCAGGUACGUACAUCUGCUAUACUUCAGAAGCUGUUAAAUAUGCCCAGUUUGCAUUCUUUAUUGCAAUCGUUGUGACACAAUGGGCUAAUGUUUUGAAUGUUAAAACAAGAACUCAGUCAUUGCUGCAACAAGGAAUAACAAAUAGAGUUCUGAUCUUUUCUCUUUGGUUUGAAUUAGCUUUGGCUCUGUUUUUAACCUUUACUCCUCCACUGAAUGUUGGCUUGGGCACAAGACCUCUUGCAUUUUUACAUUGGGGAUUCCCAGCUGUUCCAUUCUUUGUUAUGUUUAUACUUUUUGAUGAGGCGAGGAAAGCAAUAAUAAGAUAUACGAGAGCGAAGAACCCGAAGAGAAGAGGGUGGGUAGACAGAAAUACCUAUUAUUAA